UCACUUGAACCAUGAGCGGACUUGCCAACGAGCUUCUAGCUGACCUGGACGGAGAUGAUGACCAAGAAUAUAUUGAAGAGGAGGAAGAGAAACAGAAUCUUGGUUCUAUGGGCCCACCUUCUCUCCCGCUAAAAAGGAAAGUGGUCGACGAUUUAGAAGAGGACAUGGAGGAUGUUGAAGAUGUUGAAGAUGACGAAAGCAAUGAAAAGCAGGAAGAAGUUGGAGGACUAAUUCUACCUGGCGGAAUCAAGCCUGCUGAUGAAUUGGAUGCGGAAGACGUACAGCAAAUGGACUUGGGUGGAAUAGAGGAUGUUGGAAAGAUCGCGAAAUUGGAAGGUAGUAAAAAGAUGACCGACAUUUUGAAGGAAAUAGAGCAAUACCAACACAAUCCAAGCACAGUCGAAGCUAUGGCUCUUCCUGCUCACAUGAAUCCCGAGUAUAACCUCAUCGUGCAAGCUAACAACCUUUCUGUGGACGUUGACAACGAAAUUAUGGUCGUGCAUAAGUUCAUAAGGGACCAUUAUGCACCUCGAUUUCCCGAAUUAGAACAGUUGGUUACCGACUCUUCAAUGUACAUCCGCUCAGUACUUGCCUUGGGGAAUAACGAGGACCUCACGAAAGUGGACCUCUCUGGUGUACUUCCUGCAGCAAUCAUCAUGAGUGUUGUCGUCACUGCCACAACAACCCCAGGGAAACUGCUUUCCAAAGAGGAGUGGGCAGCAGUUGAACGGGCAUGCGAACUUGCAGACAGGCUAGAGGAAGCUAGGAAGAAGAUAUUCAUGUAUGUCAGUUCUCGAAUGAAUAUUCUUGCCCCCAAUCUGUCUGCAAUCGUUGGUACUUCGACUGCUGCAAAACUUCUGGGAGUUGCUGGAGGGCUGAACGGGCUUGCCAAAAUGCCGUCUUGUAAUGUGCACCUCCUGGGUGCACAGAAAAAGAUAACUGCAGGGUUCUCCACUGUUACUCAACGAAGGCAUACAGGAUUUAUCUUUCAAUCCGAGUUGGUGGUUUCGACACCUCCCGAGUAUCAAGUAAAGAUACAACGUACAGUGGGUGCGAAAGCAGUAUUAGCUGCGAGGAUGGAUCUCGAAAGACAACAGAGAGAUGGCAGCUACGGAGAGAGUUUACGAGAUAAAAUUGAAAAGCAUAUCGACAGGCUUGCCGCCCCGCCUCCUUCGAAGGUGAUCAAGGCUUUACCAAUACCAAAUGACGGUCCCAAGAAAAGACGUGGAGGGAAACGUGCUCGCAAAGCCAAAGAAGCAUAUGCACAGACGGAGCUCCGUAAAUUGCAGAACCGUAUGGCAUUUGGGGAGGCUGAAGAGGAAGUCGGUGCUUUCGACCAGACUAAGGGUAUGGGCAUGAUAGGGGUGAGCACUGGUAAAGUGAGAGCCAGUCUCGGGGAGUCCAAGUCCAAGGCCAAAAUGUCGAAAGCAAAUAAACUGCGGACAGCCGCACUUACCCGCGCCGCACAAUCUUCGACUUCGGGAACGGCGACAUCGCUUAGUGUCACUCCAGCACAAGGGUUCGAGCUCACGAACCGUGCUAGUCGUGCUGCUGCAGUCAAAGAAGCGAACGAACGUUGGUUCACAACUGGAAGCUUCUCCUUUGUUGGCCAGAAGGGCACAUAAGUUGCGUAGAGUGUACACGUACU